AUCAAGCUCACUUUGAGUGGUCGUUAGGCACUGGAGCGAGGAAGAUUUAGAGUUAAAGGAAGGAAAAAAAUACGAGGUCUUGGCAGUAGAAACCUGUGCAUUUUGCUUCUUGACAAACGGGACUCAUCUCCACAUCAAUGGAAUAUCUGAGAAUCAUAUGUUCAGAAGUUCGAGAAAGCUCCAGUGCAGCGUUUUUGGAAGCAAAGGACCAAGAUUGUAAAAAAAAGGUUCCAGUGGACUUUAUGGGGAACACUUACAAGCAGACAACAGGUAAAAGGCUGUCAUUGACAUCAAGAUAAUCAUGAUUAAAAAAUUUAAAUGGCAUUUUCUUAAAUUUGAAUGGAAUUAACUAGCCCAGUAGCAUGUGCAUUUCAUAACAAUGAGAGCGGUUAGCAUUCUUGUAUUCUCGAGACUGGCUUAGGUAUGUGAGUGACUAGCACCUACUGCACUGACCCGACUUCCUUCAUUUUGUGGAAUCCAUUCAUCGCUUCAUUUUUACUAAAAGUUGAAUGAAAGAUCACAUGAAUAACACAAAAACUGAUAAGUGAAUUUCAGCUACAUCAAACUUUAUAGUAAAAGUAUAAGGUAACUGAUCGGCUUUAAAGGAAAAAUGACCGGGCGGAGAGCUGACCUCGAUUCACAGCACGAAUGGCCCUUGUUCAUAUGAUUGAAAGUGACCGAUGGAAGCAAGAGCAGUCAUGCCUCGUUGGGAAAGAUUCGCCUUUAUCGCAGGCGACAGUUAUUCUUGCAUCUAAAGGAUCCUAAAGCGGCAAGAAGCUCCAAAGACGACUGCGUGGGAGGCUACAGUUAUUCCGGCAUCCGGGCAUGGAUAAUGUCAAUAAUGAUUCAACAGACUUGUAAGUCGAUCUCAAGACGUUUCCAUCGGUCACGUUUGUUCGUUUGUACAAUAAUUUUAAAUGAGAUUCGCACUGUGAAACCCAUCUGUGCCCUUAUUCAGCACUGAAUUAGGUCUUAUGCUAUUGGGAGCUGCGAAAAUUCACUUUUCAAUUUUAAUUUUUGUCUCCUGUGAGAGGCAUAUAUCGAAACUCGUCAAAACAGACACUCGUUUCUGUUGCAUAAUCAGGUUCUUAACAUUAUCUCCAUUGAGUCCUUCUUGUAUUUCAGAAUUCUCUAUUGGACAAGCUGAACCAGGAAAAAACACCUUCUCGUGCUACAUUGGGGACAAAAAAUACUUCCUGUGUGCAAAGAAUAACAAAGUAUUUCUGAUGGUAAGUAACAAUCAGAGUUAAGUAAAAUGGCAAGUCCAUAGUCAGAUGCUCAUCAGAUUUGGGGGUCACCUCAUGCACUCAGACACAUUCCUUUGAUGUUAUUGCGUAGAAUAAACAACAAGCUUUAACCCGGUUCUUUGACGCACAAGAAUUUAUGACAGAUCGAAUUGCUUUCUUGUAAAUCUUUAUUAUGAUUACCAAAAAGCUGUUUCUCAUCUAACAGACUUUCUUAAGGAUCCUUAAGAUCCAUGUCUUCAGGUGAUGGAGAAUAGUAUUUUAAGAGCAUGUGAGUAGUUCUAGCCAUGCACCUCAUCUUCUUCACCUUUUUUUUUAAUAUUCCUAUUUUUUUGUCGAUUAUAGGCUGAAAAUAUCCUUGAAUUUUUUCAAAUUAUAAAUAUUAAUUAUAGUUAAUGGCAUUUCCGCUUUAGAAGGUAUUGGGGUUUUAAUUACCAGUGUUCUUGCCGUUUUGUGAAAGGAAUAAUUUUCUACGGUUAAGUUAAAAACGCAAAUUUUACUUUAUUUACAGAUUUUCAAAUACAAAUUGAGUCCUUUUUAUUUUGAAACUCCCAGUCCCGAGUUUAUCCUUAAAAUAUUCUUAAGGUUUCCCAAAUUUCAUUCUCAAUAUUCUUAUAAAAUACAUUCUUAUAGAAAAAAAAGAGGGUACUAGACUGCUGUGAUAAGUCACACCCUUUUCUUAUAUUGUUUUACAUGCGCUGAAAAUGUGAAACCGAUCAUGAGCUGCGUUAUUAGGUCUGAUUAGUUUCUUAAUCACUUGAGCCCUUAAAUUAUAUAUUGCGAUGUCAACUGGAUAAAGUAAAAACAGUUUUUCUUUUCUCUUUUAUUUAUUCCACAUAGUGUUCCGAUGGCCGCGACCCUAACGAUGUCAGGUUCUUGUUUAGGGUUGACAAUGUUGACACAAGAACGCAGAGUAGCAAGUAUUUUACCAUUCAGUCUGCAAAAACAGGAAAAUUUCUGGUCAGUGAUGAGUCAGGGAACGCAUCUAUGAAGGAGAUAAAGGACCACACAGGUGGACCGACUUCUGACAGACAAGCCUGGUUUCAAUUUAUUCACGAGGAUGACAUGGUGGCCGAGAAAAGUGUGCACACGAUCAGAGAAGAUAAAAUUUUUCCAGGCAGAAUUUAUGAAAUCCAGCAAGCUGUUACUUGUACAUUGACAAAGAUGUGAAUAGAUCUGAAUAAGAUUCUAGAGAAAAAUCUUGGAAAUGAAAUCGUACCAAGAACAGUAUUUAAAAAAGAAAGUGAUGCUCAUAUUAUUUUAGAUGUUUUUUUUGACAGCCAGCCUGUUCCUUGUACUUUUACUCAGGCUGACAAAUAUGUGAAUAGAGCUGAAUAAGAUCCUGAAGUAAGCGACUGGCAAUUGGCUGACCCACAAGGCAAUGCCAGGAAGGAUCCGCUACGUUACCGCCAUCGAGAGGCUAGUAACAUAGUACAUAGCAAUGCUCAAGACAAUUAUAUUAUGGUAAAAAAGUAAAAUAAAAGAAAUUUUGGUCUUGUGUGACCAUGCAAAAAUUUUUAAAAGGACUGGAUAAAGUUCAGUAAUCGCUUUAAACUUUAACUUCAUGAUCUAAUAAGAACAGCUGUAAACUAAAAAACUUAGUUUCAUUGUGAUCAACAUUUUCUCUGGUUAGUCUUGCAUGGAGUUGUGGACAAUUCACUUGUAGACAGCAGUGUUUAAGACGCAUGUUAAGGCUCACCAUUGUGGCUUGAAAUCUAAUAUUAAUCAAAAACCGUUCUGAAGGAGCGCUAAGUGAGAGGUUAAUUGAAACUUCGGUAGACAAGCGGGUAGAUCACUUGCUAUUAUCGUGACCAUAAAUCAAAGAAAAGUUUUAAUUUCGUUGCAAAGUACGACGUAUCUAGACGUUCUAACACUGAAAGAAAAAAGGCUAACAAGAAUGAAACAGGUUUUCACAACUAGGAGGUGAUGGGUGCCGGUUAUUAAAUUAAUAUUAAGUGCUAAAAGCAUUGUUUAAUUUAUCCUGUCACCCGUGACCAGUUCUACCAUGACGCAAAUCGCGGUUUUCAGAUACUAAUCCUGGGAUUUGUAAUUGGAUUAAAUCAAAUUUUAAGAGAAGAACUGUUAAUAGCCUUACUAGCUUCUGACCAUGACAUGGUGGUUAGAAGUCUCACCGAUAUAUAAAAUAAUGCAAUGUCUUUUAAAAUAGACGUGCAAGCCUUCUGAGAUGUAUAGAUCUUAGUGCAGGGGUAUCAGGUUUAUGGGAUUGUAAGACAAAUUGUGUUGAAUUAGGCUCUGUCAACGCGUCUCUUGAACUCUGUAAACGCACAUAAACUUUAUGGGUUAAUGACUGCAUGUGUUUUACAUUUAUCCGUUUUAAUACUUUGAUAUCGACUCUGAAGAUAGUUUACCAAUUAAGUCUCGGUGAACACAAAAGAUAGCAUGCUAUUAUAAACCAUGACUCCACAAUCCAAGCUAGACUGUCUUAGAUUCUCUGACAUGGGCCGGGGCGAAUAACAUGUGAAAGCUAGCCAACACAGAGCGUGAAGGUUACA